CACUUCUCUCGAUGUUUACCCAGAUAAAGCAUGGUGCCAAAGCUUCUCUUUAGUGUUCUUCUUUUUACCACAUCUUUAAGCAUGUUGGAAUGUAAAUAUAAGCUGGUGAAAUCAAGUCUAGUUGCUGGAAAGAGCAUGGCGCGGUUGGGCAGGCGUCAUCUCCAUACUCGAAAACACAAUAAUGAAGGUGACAUCAAAAAUCUGUACUAUAACGGAAGCCUGGUAUGGGCUGUGAAUACGACUGAAGAAACGAACACAACAUGCCGAGUGGACGUUGUUACAGCCGCGAAAGCGACAUAUGUGAAGUUUAAUAGAACGUAUUAUUUGGAGGAAAACAAAACAGUGACCCCCUCGGAGGGAAAUUUUGUCCUUCACACCUUGCUUGUUCAUGGGCAUGGCACCAUGAUAACUUCGGAGGAACGACUCAUAUCUGUCAAUGAUUACAACACGUGUGGCGUUUUCUUUGUGAAAAAACCAUUUGGGCUACAUUCAGGAUCAGAGCAAUCUUCUGGUCCGUGGUAUGAGCUACGUGUGUUGAAUUCAACAGUGGAAGAUAUCCCAGCGCAAUGCCUGAAUUUGAUUACGCGUGUCCCAGGAAGGCCGCAAUGGAAAAGUUUGUACAAUUCAACCUGUCAAAACAUAGUAAAAAAUAACGAAUUUUCGAAAUAAAAUUAUUUAUAAAACGCUU